AUUAAUGGACACCCGGACCGCCACAGCAGAGCUCGGGUGGACGGCAUACCCUUCAUCAGGGUGGGAGGAAGUAAGCGGCUACGACGAAAACCUCAACACCAUUCGAACGUACCAGGUGUGCAACGUCUUCGAGUCCAACCAGAACAACUGGCUGCUCACCACCUUCAUCGCUCGGCGAGGUGCUCAGCGCAUUUACGUGGAGAUGCGUUUCACCGUCCGAGACUGCAGCAGCAUCCCGCGAGUGCCUGGGUCCUGUAAGGAGACCUUUAACCUGUACUACUACGAGACGGACUCCGUCAUCGCCACCAAAGGUGGGGCCUUCUGGAUGGAGGCUCCGUAUUUGAAAGUGGACACCAUUGCGGCGGACGAGAGCUUCUCACAGGUGGAUUUUGGUGGUAGAAUGAUGAAAGUGAACACGGAGGUGCGGAGCUUCGGUCCACUCUCGAAAAAUGGCUUUUAUCUGGCGUUCCAGGACUAUGGUGCGUGCAUGUCCCUGCUGUCCGUGCGUGUGUUUUUUAAGAAAUGCCCCAGUGUGGUGCAGAACUUCGCAAUCUUUCCAGAGACCCUGACCGGGGCAGAAAGCACCUCGCUGGUGAUCGCUCGUGGGAUGUGCAUCCCAAACUCUGAGGAAGUGGACGUACCCAUUAAGCUGUACUGUAAUGGCGAUGGGGACUGGAUGGUUCCAAUUGGGAGCUGCACCUGCAAGGCGGGAUUUGAGCCUGAUAACGGGAACGUCUGUCGAGCUUGUCCUCCAGGAACGUUCAAGUCCAGUCAAGGGACGGGUUUGUGUCUUCAGUGUCCGUCCAACAGUAGGUCCACAUCUGAAGCGGCCACCAUUUGCGUCUGCAGGAACGGCUACUACAGAGCAGACGGAGAGCAGCCAGACAUGCCCUGCACCAGUGUUCCCUCUGGGCCAAGAAAUGUCAUCUCCAUCGUGAACGAGACCUCCGUGACUCUGGAGUGGCACUCCCCGCGUGAGACAGGCGGGCGCGAGGACGUCAUGUACAAUAUUGUUUGUAAGAAAUGCCAAGCGGACCGCCGAUCCUGCUCCCAUUGCGAUGAUAAUGUGGAAUUUCAGCCUCGGCAGCUGGGACUGACCGAAUCCAGAGUCUUCAUCAGUAACCUUCUGGCACACACUCUCUACACGUUUGAGAUCCAGGCGGUCAACGGUGUCACCAACAAGAGCCCGUAUCCUGCCCAGCACGUCUCCAUUGACAUCACGACCAACCAGGCUGCUCCAUCCAUUGUUCCCAUAAUGCAUCAGGUCAGUUCUACGAUGAAAAGUAUCACGUUGUCAUGGCCACAGCCUGAACAGCCAAAUGGAAUUAUUCUCGAUUACGAGCUGCGCUACUAUGAGAAGGAGCUGUCUGAGGUGAACUCCACACAGGUGAGGAGUCAGACGAAUACGGCUCGUGUGGAUGGACUACGGCCGGGCACCAUGUAUGUCAUGCAGGUUCGAGCCAGGACUGUUGCUGGUUUCGGCAAAUACAGCAGCAAAAUGUGCUUCCAAAGCCUCACAGAUGACGACUAUAAAUCAGAGCUGAGGGAACAGUUGCCGCUGAUUGCGGGCUCAGCCGCGGCUGGAGUGGUCUUCAUCGUGUCUCUGGUGGCCAUAUCUAUAGUCUGUAGCAGGAAACGAGCUUACAAUAAGGAGGCUGUGUACAGUGACAAACUCCAGCACUACAGCACUGGCAGAGAACUCACUUUGAGGCCAGAUCUUUCGAACUGCCACACUCCCAUGGGCUGCCCGACCCUGCCAGGCUCUCCGGGGAUGAAGAUCUACAUCGACCCCUUCACCUAUGAAGAUCCAAAUGAAGCCGUCAGAGAAUUCGCCAAGGAAAUAGAUGUCUCCACCGUCAAGAUUGAAGAAGUUAUUGGGGCAGGUGAGUUCGGGGAAGUAUAUAAAGGUCGACUGAAACUGCCUGGAAAACGAGAGAUCUACGUUGCCAUCAAAACACUGAAGGCGGGUUAUUCUGAGAAGCAGAGACGCGACUUCCUGUCUGAGGCGUCAAUCAUGGGGCAGUUUGAUCACCCCAACAUCAUUCGUCUUGAAGGCGUGGUCACCAAAAGCCGGCCGGUCAUGAUCGUCACAGAGUUCAUGGAGAACGGGGCACUCGACUCUUUCCUUCGGCAAAACGACGGGCAGUUCACGGUGAUCCAGCUGGUGGGGAUGUUGAGGGGAAUCGCUGCAGGGAUGAAGUAUCUGUCGGAAAUGAAUUACGUCCACCGAGACCUGGCUGCCCGCAACAUCCUGGUCAACAGCAACCUCGUGUGCAAGGUGUCGGACUUCGGCCUAUCCCGUUAUCUGCAGGAAGACACCUCUGACCCCACCUACACCAGCUCACUGGGUGGAAAGAUCCCUGUGAGAUGGACCUCACCGGAAGCAAUCGCAUACAGGAAGUUCACUUCUGCUAGUGACGUCUGGAGUUACGGGAUCGUCAUGUGGGAGGUGAUGUCUUUUGGCGAGAGGCCCUACUGGGACAUGAGCAACCAAGAUGUGAUCAACGCCAUAGAGCAGGAUUACAGGCUGCCGCCCCCCAUGGACUGUCCCACUGCUCUCCACCAGCUGAUGCUCGACUGCUGGCAGAAAGAUCGCAACGCUCGGCCACGCUUCACAGAUAUUGUCAAUACGCUCGACAAACUCAUCCGCAAUCCCACCAGCCUUAAAGCAGUUGCCAGCAUACCCACUAUUCCGUCCCAGCCGUUGUUGGACAGGUCCAUCCCAGACUUCACCACCUUUAGUUCUGUAGAGGACUGGCUGGUCGCUGUCAAGAUGUCUCAGUACAGAGAUAACUUCCUCAACUCUGGCUUCACAUCCCUACAGCUGGUAGCCCAGAUGACGUCAGAGGACCUGUUGAGGAUAGGUGUGACUCUAGCCGGCCAUCAGAAAAAAAUCCUCAACAGCAUUCAGUCCAUGCACCUGCAGAUGUCUCAGUGCCAGACGGGCACUGCGCUGGCAUGACUACAGGGGGCGCCGGACGACGGGCCGGGCAGCUUGCGGAAGAAUUACCAGCGGGCGAGCCCAAUCCCAUCGGAGCGCGCCAGAAUAGAGACUAUCAUCCUGAUCUGAGAACGUGUUUCAGGAGAGGAACCAUUAUCCCAUAUCCAACAGACGAGAUCGGAACAGGACCAGACCCAUUGGAACUCCCAGGACGUCUGUUAACUUGUCGACUGUUUGUGUCUUUGGGCUGCAUUUACAGGGAAAACUGGAGAAGCAGACACUUUUCGUCCUCUUUUCAUCAUUGUAAUCCCGCUUUAGUUAUCUUCACGACGCUAUUCCAAUUCUGAGACGUCUCGCAUCAUUUUCUACAAGGUUGUAUCGCUCUUCUUUUUUUCCCGCUGUAAACCUUCUUUCGCCACUGCUUCCCACUUCCAUUAC